GUUUCGAUUUUUGGGAAUCCGAAGCGACAGAUCUUCGGAAAGGUCAAGAAUGAUAACUCUAGAAUAUAUAUGAUUGCGCAUUCUCGACACAACAUUUAGUAUUGUGCGAAAAUCGUCGGCGUGUGAUACUACAGAAAAAUACACGACACGAUGAAAAUAGCAACGACGCUGUUAUUGGCGUCCUUGGGGCUUGUCGCCGCGACGCCCAACGGCGUCUACCAUCAGGAGUACAAUUAUCGUAGUUCCUCGUCAUCUUACCGCAACAACGAACUGCAACACAAGAACGACGAUUCUGGCUACUAUUCGAAAGACGGUGAUCUGGAAGGUCGCCUCAAACCCAAGAUAAACUCCCACAACGAGCAUUCCGAAUACGUCAACCCGAAACUGCAGACCAACAGUCACACCAGCAUGACUUUGGGCGAAAACGGCAUGAAUUCUUAUGGAGAACUGAAUGCACAGAACUAUGGCGCCGGUUUCGGCUCUGGUUACGGUGGUGGUGCUGCUGCUGGUUACGGCUCUUCUUCUCGCUACGGUUCUUCCUCUAACUAUGGAGCCUCCUCGUCUUAUGGUUCCAGUUACGGCGCAUCGAGUAUCCAAAGUCUGACCCAAAACCUCCAAGCCCAAUUGGAACGCCAGCUCCAGGAUGCCAUCUACGAAAGUCAAAGGGUUUACGGUCAUUCAUCCUACUCCAAUUCGGCCAUGAGAGAUCUGGAAGAGGAACUGCGUCGCAACUUGACCGCCAGACUCCAAGACGAACUCCACACCAGAUACGGAAGUCAAACGGUCAAAGGUGGCUUGUCUUACACGAUCCGCGGCGGAAGAGUGGAACCCACCGCCAAUUACAACAACCAGGAACUCACCGAUCUCACGCGCCAAAUCGAAAACAACCUGUUGAGAAAGUUGCACACCGAAUACGGAAGCUCUUCUUCUCAUUCCUCUUCGGCAUCCAGCAAUUCCUACAACUACCAAUACACGUCGACCCAUCGACCCUAUUCAACCCUCUACCCCAACAUCAACAUUCAUACAACGACAUACAGACCGUACUAUUCCACCCCAACUAGCCAGUCCAGUUCGAGGUAUUCCAGCAGUCAGUACAUGUCUAAAACGAGUCAAUCCCGCUACACUCCCGUAUCAAAUCCUCUGUCGAUCACCGUAAUAGCCUCCAACGUUCAAAACAAUUUGGACCGUCAACUGAACGAUCUCCUCGAAAGCGUUCAAACCCAGUACUUCACCGAAGGGUCGUCUUACGGCGUCACCAACUACGACAUUGUCCUUAAACGUCUUCAGGACGAACUGAAAACCAACUUGACGUAUUUGUUGGACGAAGAGUUGCGUAGAAAUUACGGCAGUCAAACUUUGCACGACGGCUAUUGGUAUUCGUUAGGACCGAACGGACAACAAAGCCAACAAUACAACUACAAUUCCAGAGAUUUGGAGAAUCUCAAGAGCCAAAUCGAACGUAACCUCUUGCAGAAACUGAACAGCGAUUUCGAAAACCGCAGGUCGAGAUUCGAACAACACUACCGUUCAUCAUCAUCCAGUAGCAGCAGCAGCAGCAGCAACUAUGGAGCCAGCGGUAGCUAUGGCACCCAUUACGGCAGUGGAAGCUCCCAAUAUGCCGUGGGAAGCAGGGGCAGCUACGGAGCCAGUAGCAACUACGGCACAAGCGGAAGCUACGGAACCAACACCUUGGAGAACUACUCCACCAGACCAUCCGCAAAUCAUCUCGCGCCGUUGAUCAGUGCAGGACAACAAGGUAUCAAGACGCACAACAACAAUUAUAGAUAUGUUGCCGGAGCCGGCACCGGAGGUUACGAAAUGUCGGGAAAUCUGGCUCAAUUGCAAAGAGAGUUGCAGGAAAGUCUUUCCAGGCAAUUGCAACAAGCCAUCAGCCAAACCCAUUACACCUCCGGUUAUUCCUCCGGAAGUUUUAACUCUCAGGACUUCCAAAAUUCCCUGCAACAACUUUCCGACGAACUGAACCGCAACCUGACGCGACAACUCCAAGACUCCUCUUACUCGUACAGUUCGUCCGGAAUCACCGAUCAACAGAUGGCUUCCCUUCGCAACCAGCUGCAAGGAGAACUCCAACGCCAACUUCAGCAAGGUCUCCGUCAGAGCUGGAGUUCCUCCAGUUCCUAUAGCGCUUCGGCGUCCAGUUCCAACUUCCGACCGGUCAGAGGACUAAACGGACAGUUGAGGGACGGCGAAGAUUGCCAAUACGACGAUCCCAAUGUCGCAUACAGGAGACAAAGGAGACACGCGGGAUAUGGUGCUUAUCUCAGAUCUGCGCCGAUUCCUUCAGACACUGAACAAAUCUCUGGUCACUACGGAGGUCAUUCCCAAACUUAUCGCCACAGUUGGCAAGGUUCCAGCUCAUACAACCACCGUUCUUCUUCGUCUGCCUCCUCCAGUUAUGGUUGGGGUCAAAGAGGCCAACAACAAAUUGAUUUAGGGCAACAAGUUGAAGACGAUGACUUUGGAAGGUUAGAUGUGGGACAACAACAACAGCAACAGCAAGUAGAUUUGGGACAACAAAUUGAAGAGGAAGAUGACGGAUUCGCAAAACUACAAACGGGUCAGCAGCAAGUCGAAUUGGGACAAGAAGUAGAGGACGACGGUUUUGUAAAAUUGCAAACUGAACAACAGCAACAACAACAACAACAACAAAUAAAUUUGGGAGGACAGUUCAACAGUCUCGGUCAAAAACAGAUCGAAGACGAUACUUUGAGUAAAAUACAAGUUGGAAACAUACAAAAUCACGACGAUCAACAACUCGAUUUGGGACAAGAAAUAGAAGAUGACGGAUUUACGAAAUUACAAGUCGGAAAUAGCAACAGCAUCGGAAAAUUGAAACUUGAAAAUCAACAUCAAGAAGAAAUUAAUUUGGGACAACAGGCGGAUUUGGGGCAAAAAAUUGAAAACGAUCAAGUUGCCAAAAUAGAACUUGAUAACGAACAAACUGUUUCAUCACUGGGAAAGUCACAAUUUGGUAGUCAACAACGACAACAAGAAAUAGAGCUUGGACAGCAACAGGAAGAAUUGGGACAGGAAAUCGAAGAAGACGAUUUCGGUAAGACUCAAGUCGGAGCGCAGUAUCUAAGUGCUCCGCAACAACCAAUCGUUGGACACCAACAACUAAAUUUGAAUCAACAACAACUAGAUUUAGGCCAACAAAUAGAAGAUGAUAGUUUUAGUAAAUUAACUAACCAACAGUCAACAACCGCGGAUUAUCUCUAUCAAAACCGACAGCAACAACAACAACAAUUAAUUGGACAGGAACAAAUCGAUCUAGGACAACAACAAGUGGAUCUGGGACAGCAGAUUGAAGAAGACAGUUUUGAAAAAUUACAGGCUGCUGGAAAAUUACUUGCCGAUCAACAAACAUCGACAGGUCAACAACAAAUUGGACAAGUACAAGAAGAUUUGGGUCAACAAGUAGAGGAAGACGGCUUCACACAAUUACAAACUGGAGGAAAGCUUAUUUCCGGCCAAAAUCAACAGCAACUCGUUGGUCAAGAGCAAAUCGAUUUGGGACAACAAGUUGAACAAGACGAAGACGAUUUUGGAAAAUUGCAAAUAGGGCAACAACAACAACAAUUACAAGAAAACACGUUAAACAAAAUACAAAUGAAUGGACAGUUUGCUCAGCAAAAUCAACAAGCACAGCAAUCAGUAAUAGGAUUGAAUGAAAACGACAAUAAAUUCUACCAUCAAACAGGGUACGCGAAUUUAAAUCAAAAAAUCGAAGAUCAAGCUUUAGGCAUCGGCAGCAAACCUAAGAAUAACCUGCAAGAUGCGAACAAGUUGUUCGCUUCCGGUGUUGUUACUGGAGACACUCACAUUACUCAACAACAACAAUUACCUUCAAUUGAUCUAGGUCAACAACAAGAGUCAAUCGAUGACAGUCAACAAGCGAAGCAAUCCGAACAGAAACAAGAAUCCCUCGGCCAAAGUUGGAUUACUGCCGGCCAAUCGAAUACAAACACUGCCAGUCUUCAAACUGGCAGUCAAACACAACAAGAAUCAAUCUCAAACACACCGUUCACUACGUCCACUAUUCCAACCAGUCAAGUAACAAUUGACCAACAAUCAAUUUCGAAAGCAGAAGCCGAAGCUGACGCUUUAAUAGAAGCCAUCAGAGCAUCGAGACGCAGACAACCGCAACCAAUUAAUGCUGCAACAGUACCGUACCGGGGUUACAGUUACGGUGGAACGGCAGGCAGAAACACCCACUUUCAAACUGCGCAUUCUUAUUCCGAUGGAUUUGCUGUCUCCGGAAACGGAUACCGCGGAACAACUGGAAGAGGAGACAUUACUAUGAACGCCGGUUAUACCGGAAACGUUCAACAACAGCCCGAAGUCGAAAGAGGCACCAACGUCGGAUCUUCCGGAUAUGGUCAAAGGCAAAUCCAGUCAGGUUACUCCACAGGUUCCGGAAGCAGAGUCAACCUGCAAUACGGCAAUCAAGCACAAAAAUCAGGAAACGGAGAAAUUUACGAAUCAAGAACCGAAAUCGUCCUGGAAGGUGCGUCCGGAGGUAGAACUGGAUACGGAAGCGGAAGACGUGAUCAAACUGGCUAUUCCGGAAGUGGAGGUGUUCAUUACGGAUCGCAACACAAUCUUGAACAACAAUUGGAAACGACACAAGAUUUACACGUCCCCGCGCCUGAAUUCGCUUCCUCCGGAGUACAAUCCGGUUACGGACGCAGAAGCGGAGUCAAAGGAGGACGUCGUCCGACCACUUCUCUUGUGGAGCCAGUACAGGUGGAGAAAAUCGAACCCGCUCAGGUUGAGUUAAUUGAGCAAGCGGUCGCAGUGGAAACAACAACCACUGAGAAACCGUCGUGGUGGAAGAGAGUUGGUAAUAAAGUCAAGGAUGUCAUAGGUUAAUUUUUACAUGUGAGUGUUUAUGAUAAUGAACACAAGUAUUUUAUAAUUGUAUAUAAGAUUAAUAAUGUAGGCAAUAAAGACAAAUAAUAUCGA